GCCCUGCGCUCCCGGAAGCGCCACGUCCGUGCGGCGCAGCCGCUGGUGUCGGUGUCGGUGUCGCGGACGGACCACCAUGGGCCGCGCAGCCCCGCGCCCCGCCUCCGGGCCGCCCCUGCUGCUCCUGCUGCCGCUGCUGCUGCUGCUGCGGGCCGAGCGGGCGCGGGGCACCGAGCUCACCUUCGAGCUGCCGGACAGCGCCAAGCAGUGCUUCCACCAGGACGUGGAGCAGGGCGCCCGCUUCUCCCUGGACUUCCAGGUCAUCAGCGGCGGCCACUACGACGUGGACUGCUACGUGCAGGACCCGCUGGGCAGCACGGUGUACAGCGAGACCAAGAAGCAGUACGACAGCUUCACCCACCGGGCCGCGCACGCGGGCGUCUACCAGUUCUGCUUCAGCAACGAGUUCUCCACCUUCUCCCACAAGAUCGUCUACUUCGACUUCCAAGUGGGCGAUGAGCCCCCCAUCCUCCCAGAAAUGGGGGGCAAGGUCACAGCGCUCACCCAGAUGGAGUCCGCCUGCGUGACCAUCCACGAGGCCCUGCGGACGGUGAUCGACUCCCAGACGCACUACCGGCUCCGGGAGGCGCAGGACCGGGCGCGGGCGGAGGACCUCCACAGCAGGGUCUCCUACUGGUCCCUGGGCGAGACCGUCGCCCUGUGCGUGGUGGGCGUCAGCCAGGUGCUGCUGCUCAAGAGUUUCUUCACUGAGAAGCGGCCCGUCAGGGCGGCCCCCUCCUAGUUGGGGCGUCCUGGCCGGCCCCUCACCCCCGGACGGGCAGCUCCGAGGCCGCAGGGCUGAGGGCUGUGGGCGCGACCCCGGGUGCGGCCGCCCUGCGCUCACCUCCCCUUCGGUCAGAGGCGUCCCCCUUGUCCCCGGCUGCUGAGCACGUGGAGCUCAGGACUGACUGACAGCGUCCCCCUGCGCUGGGCGUGAGGCUGGACGGAGCGGCCUGCAGUCGGCCGGGGUGGCUCCGUGCUCCCUGUGCCUGGUCCUCAGCCGGCGGGUCCUGUGGUGUGGAGAGGGAGGGCGGGCUCCGUCCAGGGACCGUGCCGGCUGCCUGCGCGCAGGAACGGAGUGGGAGCGGGGACUGGGUGCCGGUCGCUGUGCGUCUGCUAGGAGGGGGGACGCCGGCUAAUAAAGACGCAGCGUGAG